GGAAACAAACGGGAAAAAUCCCCGAGAUAAACGGAUAAAACAGGCGCACGGAGGGCGCUCGCCGGAGACCGUUCGCCGCUUCGUUCUCGGCGACCUCCACGACGCCGGCCAUGGCCGCCGCCGCCGCCCACCACCUCCCCAUGGCUCCGCACCGCCCUACUCCGAGGCGGCUUAGCAGCACAAGCGCCAGCAGCUCGUCGCCCUAUCCUGCCGCCUUCCGCUGCGCCCGUCCCAAGACGCCGGGCACCCGGUUCCAGGCUGCCGCGACCCCGGCGAGGGCGUCCGGGUUCUCCCUUCGUGUCGCGUUCAACCCCUCCGGCAACUUCGACCUGUCCCUCUCCGACCAAGACGAUGUACCACAAGUUGAGCCUCCCCCACCACCUACAGAAGGGCGCAUCGAAAUUUUUAUCAAUAAGGAUAUCAUCCAAACACUCAACCUAUCGCCUGUUCAUGAAGCACUUGGCAAUCUGAAUUCCUUAACGACAGCUCAAUCAAAAAAUCUUUUGGAUCGAACGGUCGGGUUCACUAUAAACUACGAGAGAGAGGAUCCAUACGACACACGAGAGCUGUCAGAGUUCCCUGACAUAAGGCUAUGGUUUGUGAGGCUUGAUGCAUCUUACCCUUGGUUUCCCGUUGUGCUUGACUGGAGGGCUGGCGAGCUUGCUAGAUACGCUGCAAUGCUGGCACCCCACCAGAUGAGCAUGCGUCACGGUGUGGUCUUCAACCCAGAGGCGCUGGAGCUGUUUGGGAUGAAGAAAGUGUUUAUUGUCUACUCGUGGCUAAAGCAGCAGAAUCAUGCCAAGCCCAGGCUCAAGACUGGUGACAUGGCUAAGAUGCUCGGUUUCGGCAUCGGGGAUGAGUUGUUCGACUUGAUCGAGAAGUACCCUGUUGAUACACCUUAAAUAUUUAUGUUGAAACAAUUGGUGACGAAUACAGAUCAUACAGAAUUACUGGUGCUAUACCCCUGCCCUUCUUUCAUACAGGAAAUCAACCAGGAUGUAAAUAGUACCACACAAAUCUAGAUUUAUCAGGUCCGCAAGAUGUUCGGCUAGAUAGCCUGAUCUCUGCUCUGCAAUCAAACAUAUUCAUUCUCUAUCGAAAUUCAUUUUUGCA